AUUUGUCGUUCGGUGGUGCCCCCUACUCCGUCACUUUUGUUGUGUUAUUGAUUAAUUUGAGUAAAUCAAAAAUAUCCGAUUUUUUCGGAAAACGAGUAAAAGUGGGACCUCCAGCUCUACGUUCCAGCCUUCGGAUCGUCACUUUAACCCAAAACUUACCUCCCCCAAAAUCAGCCCUUUUUUCCCUGAUUCCGGGGCGAACUCCACUCAUUUCCAGUGAAAAAUGUCCCAAAAAGCCAUCGCCGACCAAGAAAUCACCAUCAAAGACUCCCUCUUCGAGUUCGUCAAGACACACAUAACUAACGCCGACUUGUCUCUCAUCGACGAUAUCGUCCUGUCUUAUGUUGUUGCAAUCCUUGAGGACGUCAGCUCGGACCCUGUCUUCAGCGUCGAAGAUUUCUGCGAAAUGAUGUCGGCGUACUUCCCCGAAUUUGAAUCGAUCAAUCACGCGACUGUCUGUCAGUGGAUAUUCGAGUUGGCGGCGAAAUUGAGGGUGGAGGAACCGGAAGAGAAGUCCGUGAUUGAGAUUUCCCUACCGGAAAUCGUUCCCAAGACGAAACCGAGACAGUUGGACAACAGAGACAGCUUUGAUUUGCCCAAAAGAGUACACAGGCUGUCGGAAAUGAGCGAUGGGGGCUCCACGGAUAGCUCCUGCUGCGAUUUCUUGGACGAAAUCGACGUCUUGCAGGAGAUGUUCCCCCACGUUUGCUCCAUUGAGGUGAAGCAUUGCUUGGCGAUCGCCAGUGGGGACAUCGAGCGCGCCACUCAGAUCCUCAUCGACCGUCAAGAAAACGGUCAAUGCCUCAACCAAAACAACUCAUUGACGAUCCACGUGAACAAGACCACAAUCGACGAUGCAGAAUUGAAGAACCGCAUCAUCGAGCGGUACUCGUACAUCGACAAGGACGCCUUCACCAAGGAGCACCGUCCGGUGGCCCCCAAAGUGGAGCCGAAGAAACUCGUCCGUUAUCGCGACAACAAGAUUGUGAGUCUGAAAGGGGAGCGAUUCACCGAAGUGAAGAAGGGCGAAGACGUCGACGAUAUCUCGUUGAAGAAGAACAAGAAGGGCCACGGCACGCCGUAACCAAGAACCGACGAUCGGAUGAUUAGUUUUAAAAUUUUCCUUAUUAGAAUAGGGUGGUAUAUUUAUGUAAUGUCUGGCACUCUUAACUAGCUAUAGGGAGCAAGUGUUGGGUAGGGGAUAGAGUCCCAACAACCCAACAACUUGCUCCUCGUCUACACACACCGGUAGUAUUAUUAUUAUUAUAAGGUUCAAGACUAGUCAAAAAAAUCGCGAAGGUGGCUCGUGCGUAUCCUACUUCAUUUCGAAUACCUGUGAUUCUCGUAAAGUAAAUGUAUUUUCGUACAUUUUAUCUCAAUCAGUGAUAUUAUCAAGCAUUUGUUUGCUUCGGUUUUAACGUUCAAGACUUGUGUUUUGUGUUGUUUAUCCCUUUUUUACCUUUCUCGAUUAUAAUAAAUAUGUUAAGUGUAA